GCUAGCAUAGUUACCUCUGUAUCAGGAGCACUACAGUUUAUCUUUACUGGCGAGUUUUUUGUAAUCUAGCCAGGUUUUUUAAACAAAAACUAUGAGAGCGGUUCCAACAUGGAUAGAUAAAGUACACGACCGCGACAAGGUCGAGCAAUGUAUCUAUGAUAUAGCCUUCAAACCGGAUGGCACUCAACUCAUUGUUGCUGCAGGAAACAGGGUGUUGGUAUAUGACACUUCUGAUGGGACCUUGAUACAGCCUCUGAAAGGGCACAAGGACACUGUCUACUGUGUGGCUUAUGCUAAAGAUGGAAAGCGGUUUGCUUCAGGUUCUGCUGACAAGAGCAUCAUCAUCUGGACAUCAAAACUGGAGGGAAUUCUUAAAUAUACACAUAAUGACUCCAUUCAGUGUGUGGCGUACAACCCUGUCACUCAUCAGUUGGCCUCCUGUUCCUCAGGAGAUUUUGGUCUGUGGUCCCCAGAGCAAAAGUCGGUGUCCAAGCACAAAGUCAGCAGCAAAAUCACAUGCUGUGGCUGGACAAAUGAUGGGCAAUACCUGGCUCUGGGCAUGAUGAACGGGGUUGUGAGCAUCCGCAACAAGAACGGGGAGGAGAAAGUGAAGAUUGAGAGGCCAGGCGGAUCUUCCUCUCCCAUCUGGUCCAUAGCCUGGAACCCCUCAAAGGAUGAACACAAUGAUAUUUUGGCGGUGGCUGACUGGGGCCAGAGACUGUCCUUCUACCAACUCAGUGGCAAGCAGAUUGGAAAGGACCGGCUGCUGAACUAUGACCCCUGCUGCGUCAGCUACUUUUCCAAGGGCGAGUACAUAGUGAUGGGGGGCUCAGACAAGCAGGCCUCUCUCUACACCAAAGAUGGUGUGCGUCUGGGCCCCAUCAGCGAGCAGAACUCCUGGGUGUGGACCUGCCGAGUCAAGCCGGACUCCAACUAUGUGGUGGUGGGCUGUCAGGACGGCACCAUUGCCUUCUUUCAGCUGAUCUUCAGCACGGUUCACGGCCUGUACAAGGAUCGCUACGCCUUCAGAGACAGCAUGACUGACGUCAUUGUUCAACACCUCAUCACCGAGCAGAAAGUGAGGAUAAAAUGUAGAGAGCUGGUGAAGAAAAUCGCCAUAUACAGGAACCGCCUGGCCAUCCAGCUGCCGGAGAAGAUCCUCAUUUACGAGUGUUACACCGACGACUCGUCGGACAUGCACUACCGCGUUAAGGAGAAGAUCAGUCGCCGCUUCGAGUGCAACCUGCUGGUGGUGUGCUCCCGCCACAUCAUCCUCUGCCAGGAGAAGAGGCUUCAGUGUCUCUCCUUCACCAAUGUGAAAGAAAGAGAGUGGUUGAUGGAGUCUCUGAUUCGCUACAUCAAAGUGAUUGGCGGCCCGCCAGGGAGGGAGGGGCUUCUAGUGGGUCUGAAGAAUGGUUCUAUUUUGAAGAUCUUUGUGGACAACCCGUUUGCCAUCACGCUGCUGAAGCAGAACACGUCUGUGCGCUGCCUGGACAUGAGUGCCUCGCGCAGCAAGCUGGCCGUGGUGGACGAGCACAACACCUGCCUGGUCUACGACAUCAACACCAAAGAGCUGCUCUUCCAGGAGCCCAAUGCAAACAGCGUGGCCUGGAACACCCAGUGUGAGGACAUGCUGUGUUUCUCGGGGAACGGCUACCUCAACAUCAAGGCCAGUAACUUCCCCGUGCACCAGCAGAAGCUGCAGGGCUUUGUGGUUGGCUACAACGGCUCCAAGAUCUUCUGCUUGCACGUCUACUCCAUGGCAGCUGUGGAAGUACCCCAGUCAGCUCCCAUGUAUCAGUACCUGGAGAGGCGGAUGUUUAAAGAGGCCUAUCAGAUUGCCUGCUUGGGCGUGACCGAUAGUGACUGGAGAGAUCUGGCCACGGAGGCCCUGGAAGGCCUCGAUUUUGACACAGCUAAGAAGGCCUUCAUCAGAGUGAGGGAUCUGCGCUACCUGGAGCUCAUCAGUAGCAUUGAGGAGCGGAAGAAGAGAGGGGAGAGCAACAGCGAGCUGUUUCUGGCUGAUGUGUUUGCCUACCAGGGGAAGUUUCACGAGGCUGCCAAGCUUUACCGGCGCAGUGGUUACGACAACAGAGCGCUCAGCAUGUACACAGACCUGCGCAUGUUCGAGUAUGCCAAGGACUACCUGGGCUCGGCGGACCCUAAGGACACGCGUGUGCUGAUGAGUAAGCAGGCGGACUGGGCGCGCAGCAGCAAGGAGCCCAGAGCUGCAGCGGAGAUGUACCUGAGCGCCGGAGAACACCUCAAGGCCAUCAACAUCAUCGGAGAGCACGGCUGGGUGGACAUGUUGAUAGAUCUGGCUCGCAAGUUGGAUAAAGCAGAGCGAGAGCCGCUGUCCCGUUGCGCUGCCUUCUUUAAGCAGCUCAAUCACCAUGGUUACGCCUCUGAGACUUACACCAAAAUGGGUGACCUAAAGGCACUGGCACAGUUACAUGUUGAUGCCCGGCACUGGGACGAGGCCUUCUCCCUGGUGGAGAAG